UUUUGAGCAGGUCUGUAUUGUUAGAAAUUGUCAACUAAAUCAGCCUGGGAGCAGCUGGUUGCUGAGUGUACAUGAAUAGCUGCUUAAUGUCUUUUACAUCAUCCAGCAUAUGUGGGAAGGAGAGCAAGAAUGCAAAAGCGCAGCCCAUGCCUAGACGAGGGGCUACACACUUCUGUAGCAAUUCCAACACAAAGAAGUUAAAGAAUGAAAGGAUGACCCCAGCGACUCGACAAAAAGUUCUUGGCCUUUACCGCAAGAUAUUUCAAAUAGCCAAAAAAUGGCAGUCGGCAUCAGGACAGACAGAGGAGACUGUUAAAGAGAAAGAGUACAUUAAAAAUGAGGCCAGAACAUUAUUCCGAAAAAACAAACACGUAACAGAUCCAAAGCUGAUUGAGCAGUGCAUAGAAGAAUGUGAGGCAAGAAUAGAAAUUGGACUGCACUAUAAUAUCCCCUACCCGAGACCUAUCCAUCUGCCUCCUAUGGGUCUCGCCCACAAACAAGGUCGUACAUUGCGACACCAGGAAAAGUUAAGGAAGAUUUCUAAGCCAAUAUACCUGAAAUCCCAUGAUGAAGUUUCAUAGCCCACCACUUAAGCUGUGAUGUGUAAUCACAUCCUUUAAGCUGUGAACUGCAGUCCAGGUGAUUCGUGUGCACAACUGUGAACUAAGGUGUUUUGGUCACUUGCUCACACAUUUCCUGAGGCCAAAAAGCCAAUUGAUACAUUGCAUGUGAUGGAUAAGGUUGGUCUAUUAUUUAUUUAUAUUUUUUUUUAACCACUGACUCAUCAAUAAAAAUAACACUUUUCAAGGAGUGAGGUGUGAUACAAAGAUUACUUUGUAAUGGUCUAGAGACUCCAAGUCAGCUUUUCCCCCUUCCUUUGGAGAGGGUGUGGAUGUGAAAUGCAAAGUCUGGAAUGCCAUUACACAACUCUGAGUAAAACAUUCCAGUGUUGGGUUCCUUAGGUUCCCAUGUAUGGACUGACUGAAAACUCUCCCUUCAGAGUAUCACGAGUAUCACUAUGGAAACAAGCUUAGGAUGCUUUGGUGUGAGGAGCAUGUUUUCACAUGGUCAGUCUUGCAGUAUAAUCACCGUGGGGACUUUCUCAACAAUUAUUUUAACUUUAGUGUGAGGUUUUAACUCUUAGAUUAUGGACAGAACCCCAACUUUAGUAAAAGGAAGUAUCUACAAGUCUCUGAAGUUUGAGGGGUAUUUCUGUUUCACAGGUGCCUCUUGAAUGGAAUUAAAAUUAAAUGAAUUUUCCUCUCACUGGCCGUCAAUUACUUUGCCUCAUUUUCAGUCCUCUGACUUUACCAGGCUGUUCUUCAGGAAAGCUGGGGGAGCCUUUCAUCCCUCAGGCUGAAAGUGCCAAUGAGACCAUGCUGUGGACAAGAGCCACACUGUACUGGAUACUACCUAAGCACAGUCCACAGAGCUUUAAGGAAAACCUAUUCUAGCCCAAAGUUAAUAGUGGCAAAAAAAAGCAAAUUUUAAAAAUGCAGUGUGUAUGAUUUCCUGUUAAAGUGGGGGAAAUCAGUGAAAUCUCCUCUUCUGAGAUCUCCAAUUCAUCCUAAACUCUCCCAGCUCUAAUAGACAAUGACAAAAAAAUAUUCUUGUCAACCUGAAAAGUAAGUGAGAACUGGUCAUGUGCAGAACAGACUGACAGUCCCUCCCCCAGGAAUGCACUCCUAAGAGUGAAAAAAAGCACAAGCGGAUGAGAAAGUACAAGGAAACAAUAACAGGAGUGAAUCAGCAUGACAGGUACUGGCUGGCCCAAUUUCUCACUGCCCUUCAUGGCUCCAGUCCACAAAGGUAUCUAUUUCCAUAUAGUUAUUUCCUGGAUGCCACAUGUGGGAAGUAAUAGGUAAAAUGCCAUUGUUCUGCCUGUCAGUGGGAUCUUUGCAAAUUUAGUGCUGUCAGGAAGACACAGAAGUCCUUUAGCCUAGGAAAAGGGGGAUGGAAUAAAGAGAGUAAAAAAAUAACAUGAUUAUACACACUGCUUAAUCCUUCACUGAAAGAAGUCCAAAUACAGUCUUUUCCUACCCUCAUUCUGAUACACCACUGUAGGCAUGUGUCAACUGAGCCAAAUCAAAAUGUGCAGAGACAAGGGGUUUGAAUGGAAGUUUAAGCUCCCUUUUUGCCAUUUAAGUAUCAUUUGAAUCUUUUGAAUUGUUAAAAUUCCUGUGGUUAAUGAAGGUGCUGAUGCUGUGACACAUCUGGUGAAUAAACAGCUUUGUAAACAA